GUCCGGGCACAUCGCCGCCGCCCAGCGGCGCCCUCGCCUCUCUUCUCCUCAGUCGCCGCCGGCCACCGAACCUCCCCCAGCGCAGUCCACCUCCUUCCUUGCUACACACACUUCCACCUCCCCGAUAAGCUCUCCAACCAGCCCCGCCCCACCCCAUCCGAUUCCCAGCUCCCGGCGGCCGCAUGUCGAGAGCCCUCGCGCGGCGCGCGGCUCCCCCAUUCCUGAGGCUGCGCUCCACGGCAGGCGACGACGGCCACUGGAUCGGCCGGCUGGACCACAAGGACUGGCUCGCCCCGAACGAGGUCCUCAAGAUCUUCGCGAGCAUCAGGGACGCCGCUCUGAUAACCAGCGUGUUCAAGAAAGCCUGCGCCCGGCGAGACUACAAGCCCAGCGAGGCCCUCUACGGCCUGAUGAUCGACCGGCUCGCCGGCGCCAGGCGGUUCGGCGACGUGGAGGAGCUGCUGGCCCGGGCGAGGGCCGAGCGGUUCAGGUUCUCCGACGAGUUCUUCUACAGGCUCAUCAAGAUGUACGGCAAUGUGGCCAACCACCCCGAGAAGGCCAUGGAGACGCUCUACGCGAUGCCCGACUACGGCUGCUGGCCUUCCACCAAGACCUUCAACUACGUGCUCCACAUGCUGGUGUGCAAGCGGCAGUACGAGGUUGUUCAUGAGGUGUACGCCAGCGCGCCCAGGCUGGGCGUGGAGCUCGACACCUGCUGCUUCAACAUCCUUAUCAAGGGGCUGUGCCAGUUUGGGAGAUUCAACGAGGCCCUUUCUCUGCUGGAUGAGAUGCCGAAGCAGGAGUGCCGGCCUAAUGUGACGACCUACUCGACGCUGAUGCAUUUCCUCUGCCGGAAGAGUCGGGUGGAUGAGGCAUUCAAGCUGUUUGAGAGAAUGCGCAAGGAGGAAAUCGAUGCGGAUACGGUUGUUUACAAUAUAUUGGUAUCUGGUCUCUGCAGACAGGGAAGGGUGACCUCUGCAUAUGAUCUGUUCAAGUCGAUGUCCUCUGAGGGCUGCCAUCCUAAUUCAGGGACCUAUCAGGUACUGCUUGAUGGCCUCGUGGCAUCAAAGAAGUUUGUGGAGGCGAAGGACCUAGUUACUAUGAUGAGUGCUGAAAGUCUGAGACCUAGUUUCUCAUCGUACAAGCUGCUGAUUGAUGGCCUCUGUAGUGUUAACUGCUUAGAUGAUGCACAUCAUGUCUUGAAGCAAAUGGUGGACCAGGGUUUUGUUCCUCGGAUGGGUACUUGGACAAAACUUCUUACAUCCUUAUUAUGCUGAGAUGUAUGUUCAUGCCAGUGGUUUAGUGGACCUGACAAUACACUUGAGCAAAGAGAUUAUUUUGUUACUGGAACUAGUGGACCAACCUGCCUGCCUUUCUGCAUGGACUUGCAUAUUGAAGUUGGAUAUUUUUCCUUAUGGGGAUUAAGGAAUAUUGGGUCUCACGAUGACCAAGUUCUGUUUACUGAUGACUCAUAUACUGAUGUACCUGAAAACCGAGCGCUAGCUCGGUUGGCUUGAAGCUCACAGGUGUGAGCUCGCCCGCCCGCGUUCAAUCCACAGGGAAGGCUCAUUUUCUUCCUAACUAAUGGACAGUUCAAGGAGGGACUCUUCCCCCUUUAGGCAACGUUUAUAUACGAUGUACCUUGCUAGCCUAUUAUUGGUUUUGUCCCUGAUUUCAACAUCAGUGCAGGCUCUACAUUCUCCAGUUUAAAUGUGAAAAUAUUGACAGUGUUCGUGCAUUUGGAGAGGAUCUUCACUUCAUCCUUCUGAUGAUUCUACUGCUAUUGAAAACCAGGCAAACAGUAUGAAAGAUGCAUGCCAUGAGGUAGUUUUUCACCUUUUAUACCCUUGAAGUGCAGAACAUCAUGUUGCUUGUGAUACAGUUAUUAGUCAUACAUUGUUCUCAGUGAGACAGAAUGUCCCUUAAUAGCCUUUUCUCUUUCCUUGGUUGACUAAUUGUUUAACUAGUCCUAAUACUAAUAUAAUUCUGUUCCUAGGUUCGUAA